AUGCAUUUAGUUCUUGGUAUUGCGCUUUUGUUCUUUGGACUUUCUGUUCCUGGGGUGCACUGCAGCAAAGAUGACCCUAUUAAGUUUGUGAGGAAGGAUGAAACGAUAAUAAAAAAUCUGAAUGACAAAGAAAAAGAAAUAAGUGAAGCAGCUGAGGAGGUAUGCGAAUGCUUAGGAGACAUUGUUUCUGAAGUAACAAAAUCAAUUGAGAGUAUAAAUGCAGUCUUUGAUAAGCAUACGGUUGUAAACCUUGCCGAGGAAGACAAAGAGGAUAUUAAGAAGAAAAUCAUGGAGAAUUUAGAUGGUAUGUCGCCCGAAAACGUGGUCAAGGACAUAGUGGAUUGUUAUUCGGUAAAGUCGUGUGAUGGGCUUUUGUACAAGUCUCUAAAUUCGGAUGCUUCGGAGUUUAGUAUCAGUCAGAAGGGUACUUGUGAGUCUUUAAGACAGCUUAUAGGGUUCACAAAUCUCUUUCUCAUUCCGUUGAGAAAAUGUGGAGCAGGUUUGAAUGAAGAAAUCAAAAUCAUUACAUUUGAAUCAAUCGAAAAGGUUGAAUCAAGCUUUGGUAAACUUCUCGGGGUGUUUGAAGAUGAGAAAUUAGCUUCGAUUUCGAAGGACACAUUUACAGAGAUCAGCACACGUUCUACUCAAAUGAUUAAUUCGGUGAAGUCGCUUUGCAAAAAAGCUUUUCCUGAGGAUGCUAAGAGUGAGCUCUACAAACUAGUUCAGGAAAAAGAAAGUUUUACCACAAAAGAGUUUUUCAAGGCUCUUGGAAUCGAAGUAGAACCGGAGAAACCCACAGAAAUGAAUCCCGCUGAUCCUGUAGCCGGUUCUAAAUCUCAGAGUGCCGCAGAGCCAGGUAAAGAAACAAUAAGUGAAGAACUAAAAGGUAAAGAAACAACAGGUGAAAAAACAACAGGUGAAGAACCAAAAGGUGAAAAGGCGACAAUUAAGGACGAAGCGAAAGGCUGGUUUGCUAGGAACAGAGUAUGGGUGUUGAUUGCUACAUUGGUUGUUGUUGUGCUUGCUGCAGUGGCUCUUGCUGCCGUUUACUACACCAGACGAUCAAAUAAGUAA